UUCUGGAAAGGAAGUCGAAGAAGACGAUAUUGCGGAAUAUCUAAGGGACACCAAGAAAUGUGAAGGAGCAAUUAUUAAGAAAUUGGAUACAAAAGAUGCCGGAAAUAUUGACAUUAUCCUCUUGAGUGAGCAUUGGUUGAAAGAAGAACAAAGUGAGUUAGUUGAGCUAAAUGGCUACAAGAUCUCAAGUAUAUACUGUAGGCAAAUCAUGAAAUGUGGGGGAACAUUAGUGGCCGUACAUGACAGAUGGAAGUCUUCAGAAAUAACAGAAGUAGUGAAACUCUCCAGGGAAAAAGAUGUUGAGAUGGCGGCUGUACACAUCCCGGCAAUAAAUACAAUCACUAUGGCACUGUAUAGAGCCCCUACAGGAGAUUUCAGCAAGUUUAUGGAAACUCUAACUGAAGCGCUAAAUAUCAUUUCCAAUAAGUACAGCAAAGAAAAAGUCAUUAUCGGAGGAGAUUUCAACAUAGACUUUCUGAAGAGAAGUAGAGAAAGUAUGAUGAUUACAAAUCUCAUGUCCUCAUAUGGAUUGAAAGGAAAGGCAACUACACCAUCCAGAGUAACAAAACAAUCAGCAAAUUGCAUUGAUAAUAUGUUCACUAAUGAUCAGGACGAAUCAACACUGAUAACGUUGGAAAUACAUAUGUCUGAUCAUCAAGCCCAAUUAUUGAAAAUUAAAAAAACAAAAACAACUACAUCAUUGAAAAAAGAAACCAUAAAAAAAGAUUAUUCAAGGAGGAGACUAUUCAACAGAUCAAACAAGACCUUUCCAAAAUUAAUUGGGAGAAUUUAGCCUCCAAAGAUGCGAAAGUAGGUUUUACGGAAUUUCACAA